UAUGUUCUGAUUUCCGGCCGUUCGCCUGCUCCCCCGGCCGCCUGCCCGUCCCACUCGCUCCCUCCCGGGACUCGGAGGAGAGGGGACCAUGCCGGAGCCCGGGCCGGAAGCUUCGGGCACCGCGAGCACUCAGCCCCCGGCGCCGCCGCCGCCCCUGCCUCCUGCGCCCAAGGAGUCCCCAUUUUCCAUCAAGAACCUGCUCAACGGAGACCACCACCGGCCGCCCCCAAAGCCUCAACCGCCCCCUCGGACUCUCUUCGCGCCCGCCUCGGCAGCCGCUGCCGCCGCCGCCGCUGCCGCCGCAGCCAAGGGGGCCCUGGAGGGCGCCGCGGGCUUCGCGCUCUCGCAGGUGGGCGACCUGGCUUUCCCCCGCUUUGAGAUCCCAACGCAGAGGUUUGCCCUGCCUGCGCACUACCUGGAGCGCUCCCCGGCCUGGUGGUACCCCUACACCCUGACCCCCGCCGGCGGCCACCUCCCGCGACCUGAAGCCUCCGAGAAGGCCCUUCUACGAGACUCCUCCCCCGCCUCAGGCACUGACCGUGACUCUCCGGAGCCCCUGCUCAAGGCUGACCCUGACCACAAGGAGCUGGACUCCAAGAGCCCGGACGAGAUCAUUCUGGAGGAGAGUGACUCGGAGGAAGGCAAGAAGGAGGGCGAGGCGGCGCCGGGUGCGGCCGGAGCGAGCGUUGGGGCGGUGUCCGCCACGCCGAGCUACGAGGACUGGAAGAAGGGCGCUGAGAGUCCGGAGAAGAAGCCCGCGUGUCGCAAGAAGAAGACGCGCACCGUCUUUUCGCGCAGUCAGGUCUUCCAGCUCGAGUCCACCUUCGACAUGAAGCGCUACCUGAGCAGCUCCGAGCGCGCCGGCCUGGCCGCCUCACUGCACCUCACGGAGACGCAGGUCAAGAUCUGGUUCCAGAAUCGCCGCAACAAGUGGAAGCGGCAGCUGGCGGCGGAGCUGGAGGCCGCCAACCUGAGCCACGCUGCAGCGCAGCGCAUCGUGCGCGUACCCAUCCUCUACCACGAGAACUCGGCCGCUGAGGGCGCGGCGGCCGCUGCUGCAGGGGCCCCGGUGCCGGUCAGCCAGCCGCUGCUCACCUUCCCGCACCCCGUCUACUACUCGCACCCUGUGGUCUCGUCCGUGCCGCUGCUAAGGCCGGUCUGAGGUCCGAGAGAGGGGAGGUGGAGGGAGUG